UUCGUUAUAAUUGAAAGAUAUUAAUUUAACUGAAACAAUGCUAUAAUAAACAUUAUAGGGCUAUUCUAGUAAGUUAAUUACUUGCUCAUUAAAUUAUUGCAGACUACAUUCGCUUCGACUACUAAACGCGGGAACCCGCCAAAGAGUAACACGAAAGAAACAGCAGAGAACAGACCUCGCCAUCUUGGCAGUGUUUUUGUCAUUAAAUUUUGUGGUGUUGAUGAAUUUGUGUUAGAAAAUUUAUUGUAACGUAAAUAAACAAUGUCAAAACCUGAAGGUAUGGAGACUGGAGACACAGCUGAAAAUUCGAAUGAAUCUUCAGCUGAGACUGUAUCAUCUAAAGGAAGACCUGAAGAUUUCGAUACAAAAAUUGAAAAUGACCGCAGUAAGAGGUUCGACUACCUCCUGCGGCAGACGGAGAUCUUCUCUCAUUUCAUGACCAAUAAUACUAAGGACAAGGCGGCCAGUCCAGUCAAGAAAGCGGGCAGGCCACCCAAGAACAAGGACCCAAAGCCUCCUGCAGGAGCUGCCUCAGGCGAUGCAGGAGAUCACCGUCACCGGAAGACGGAACAGGAGGAAGAUGAAGAGUUGCUAGCGGAGACGAACGUACAGAGCAAGACCAUAGCUCGGUUUGACUCGUCACCAUUCUACAUCAAGAAUGGGGAGAUGCGUGACUAUCAGGUGCGUGGUCUCAACUGGAUGAUCUCCCUGUACGAGAACGGCAUUAACGGUAUCCUGGCCGACGAGAUGGGGCUGGGCAAGACCUUGCAGACCAUAUCACUCCUGGGAUACAUGAAACAUUACCGCAACAUUCCUGGACCUCACAUGGUGAUUGUGCCCAAGUCCACACUGGCUAACUGGAUGAAUGAGUUUAAGAAGUGGUGUCCGACUCUAAGAGCUGUCUGCCUGAUUGGUGACCAGGAAGCCAGGAAUUCUUUUAUUCGAGAUGUACUUAUGCCUGGAGAGUGGGAUGUUUGUGUCACAUCUUACGAAAUGGUUAUUCGAGAGAAAGGAGUGUUUAAGAAGUUCAAUUGGCGGUACAUGGUGAUAGACGAGGCUCAUCGUAUCAAGAAUGAGAAGUCUAAGCUGUCGGAGAUUGUGAGAGAAUUCAAGACGACGAAUCGACUACUCCUGACGGGAACUCCUCUACAGAACAAUUUGCACGAGUUGUGGUCCCUACUCAACUUCCUGUUGCCUGAUGUCUUCAACUCCUCUGAUGAUUUCGAUUCAUGGUUUAACACAAACAGUUUUAUGGGAGACAAUUCACUCGUUGAGAGAUUGCAUUCCGUAUUAAGACCUUUCCUUCUACGACGGUUGAAAUCUGAAGUAGAAAAGCGGCUGAAACCCAAAAAAGAAGUGAAAAUUUAUGUUGGCUUGAGCAAAAUGCAAAGAGAGUGGUACACCAAAGUGUUGAUGAAAGAUAUAGAUGUGGUGAAUGGAGCAGGCAAAAUAGAGAAAAUGCGGCUCCAAAACAUCCUGAUGCAGCUGAGGAAGUGCAGUAACCACCCUUACCUGUUUGAUGGUGCCGAACCUGGUCCUCCGUACACCACCGACGAACAUCUUGUAUACAACUGUGGCAAGAUGGUUAUUUUGGACAAACUACUACCCAAAUUGAAGGCUCAAGGCUCUAGAGUGCUAAUUUUCAGCCAGAUGACGAGGAUGAUAGAUAUCCUUGAGGACUACUGCUUCUGGAGAGGCUAUCAGUACUGUCGACUGGACGGUCAAACCCCUCACGAGGACAGGCAGAGGCAGAUCAACGAGUACAAUGAAGAUAACAGUGAGAAGUUUGUCUUCAUGCUGUCUACCCGUGCGGGUGGUCUGGGUAUCAAUCUGGCCACUGCAGAUGUUGUCAUCAUCUACGACUCGGACUGGAACCCUCAGAUGGAUCUGCAAGCUAUGGACCGAGCACAUCGUAUCGGACAGAAGAAGCAAGUGAGGGUGUUCCGUCUCAUCACCGAGAACACAGUGGAAGAGAAGAUAGUGGAGAGAGCAGAAGUGAAGCUACGGCUGGACAAGCUGGUCAUACAGCAAGGACGUCUGGUGGACAACAAGAAUGCUCUCAACAAGGAUGAAAUGCUGAACAUGAUCAGGCACGGAGCCAAUCACGUAUUCGCAUCAAAGGAUUCUGAGAUAUCUGACGAGGACAUUGACACCAUCUUACAGAAGGGGGAGGCAAAGACAGAAGAAAUGAAACAGAAGUUAGAGGCUAUGGGAGACGAGUCGUCCUUGAGGAAUUUCACGAUGGACACUCCCACUGAGUCUGUGUACAAGUUUGAGGGCGAAGACUACAGAGAGAAACAAAAGGUGAUGGGAAUCGGGAACUGGAUAGAACCGCCCAAGCGAGAACGUAAAGCUAACUACGCUGUGGACGCUUACUUCCGAGAGGCACUCCGAGUGUCUGAACCGAAGGCUCCUAAGGCUCCUAGACCACCAAAACAACCAAUAGUUCAAGACUUCCAGUUCUUUCCUCCCCGGUUAUUUGAGCUAUUGGACCAGGAGAUCUACUAUUUUCGUAAAACAGUUGGUUACAAGGUACCAAAAAAUCCAGAAUUAGGCAGUGAUGCAUCAAGGAUCCAGAAAGAGGAACAGAGAAAAAUCGAUGAUGCUCAACAGCUCAAUGACGAUGAAAUAGCGGAAAAAGAAAAGUUAUUAACGCAAGGAUUUACGAAUUGGACUAAAAGGGAUUUCAACCAGUUCAUCAAAGCUAAUGAGAAAUAUGGCCGGGAUGACAUAGACAAUAUCUCUAAAGAUGUUGAAGAUGUGACAGGGAAGACGCCAGAUGAAGUGCGGCAGUACAGCCGUGUGUUCUGGGACCGGUGCCACGAGCUGCAGGACAUCGAUCGCAUCAUGGCGCAGAUAGAGCGUGGCGAGGCCAAGAUUCAGCGGCGAGCCAGUAUCAAGAAGGCCCUUGACGCCAAGGUCGGUGAUAUGGCACGGUAUCGAGCACCAUUCCACCAACUGAGGAUCGCUUAUGGCACCAAUAAGGGCAAAAACUUUAUCGAGGAGGAGGACAGAUUCCUGGUCUGCAUGCUUCACAAGUUGGGCUUUGACAAGGAAAAUGUCUAUGAAGAGCUUCGAGCUGCUGUCAGGUGCGCACCCCAGUUCCGGUUCGACUGGUUUAUCAAGUCCCGGACAGCGAUGGAGCUGCAAAGGAGAUGCAACACACUGAUCACCCUGAUUGAGAGGGAAAACCAAGAGUUGGAGGAGAAAGAGAGAGCAGAGAAAAAGAAGAGAGCGCCGAGGGGGAGUGGCAAACGGAAGAGUGAGAAUAUAGGUGGACAAACUCCUGACCAAAAAACACCGAAAAAGAAAAAAAAAUAAUUUUGUGCAAACCGAACUCGAUGUUAAUUUAUUAAUAAACGUUUUGUGUAACUUAGAACUUUUCCUAAUGGAAUACACUCUAAUAAAUGUGUCCUUUUUUUUUUUUGAAAAAAAAUCUGUGUUGAAAAUGGUGCUGAGUUUUCCUAAAUUUAUUUGUUUCGUACCACCAGGAUACAAAAUUUGAAUAAAUAGAAAAUUUCUUAGUGUUUAAAAGUAAUAUUAAAUGUUUUAACAAGUAUUGAGACUAUGAACAAUUAUGUAUUGGUUAUUUUAUGAUUUGGUUGAAUUAAUAUUUCAUAACUUUGUACCAUACCUUCUUUAAUUAUUACAACUUGAACAUUCUGUAUUGA